AUGAUGACAGAAAAAUACUGUCGACUACCACCAACACCACCAUCAUCAUUUUCUUGUUCAACAAUAUAUCAUACGCCAACAACAAAACAUCGUAUACAUGAAAUAAAAGAUCGUCUUCAUUGUCAGAAAAAACAAUUAUCAACAGUACUUGAACAAAAUAAUAUGAAAUUAUUACUAAAACAACCACAAACAAUACGAACAUAUUCAUUAUAUGAUGUACAAGAUCGUAUUGAUUAUUUUGAAAAGAAAAAAUUAACGGAUGAUAGCGAAAAUAAUGCCAAAGAAAAGACCGUUUCUCAUCCUUCAUUGACAACAUCGUCUGAAACAUUACAAUCAGUUAUUGCUAAUACAUUGCAACAAACAUUUUUCAAUCACGAGUCUUAUGGUAGUGCUUUAUCACGUACGAUGAUGAAUUCAAGAAUACAUGAUAGUUUGAUUGGUAAACGCCGAAGCCUGUCAAGUAGCCAACUGAUCUCUACGAAUGACCAGAAAAGAUUAAAUCGUUUUUAUCCAUCAUUAUCUAAGCGAGUACGAACGUAUUCUCUUUCGAAUCAUACAACAAUGGCUAUCGCCACGACAACAACGUUUUCGGAAGACCACAAUACUGAACAUCAAGAAACAAAUAGUAAUGAUCUUGAAAAUACCUAUUUCUAUCCGGAAGAAACAACUCGAUUAGAUGAUGGCAUAUCACUUACAACAAUUACGUCAAAUUUUCCAGUUAAAAUAAAGAAUGCACAACACGACGUUAGCGUUUGUUCAGAUACAGCUGUUUCGCAAUCAGACACAGAAGAGAAUUCAGAAGCAAUAAGACCUGCUGAUCAAAAUCUUAAUAAUACAUAUGAUAUCAAUAUGGUGAUUGAUACGCAAAAUGAAAAUAGCAACAAUAAUGAAGAACAAAUUAUUCGAAUACGGCUUAGUUUAACACCGCCAGAUGAUAAUUUUGCCGGUGUAGUUCAUGCAAAAAAAUGUACAGUUGUCAAAGAACAACAAUGCUUAUCCGAUUAUGGCAAUGUUAAUCAUUGCUUUAAACAAGGAAAUAAGAUAAGGUCAAAUAUAGACGAUGUCUCGUUAAAUAAAUCGAUGACAUCGUCUUUAACACAUGGGCACAAUCGAAGAGUUUCAACCGAUGAACAGUUAAGUCAACAGACGGAGCGAGCAAAUGAUAACGAAAAUAAUGAUGAUGUUUAUUGUAAAGCAAAUCAACAAGCAAUUGUUCAUUCAAUCAAGAUGAAUAAUGAUAUUGAAAUGAUGAUACGACAAGAAAAUGAUGAUGACGAUGGGCAUUAUUCAGACGACUCACAUUACUCAGAUGAUUUAAGGUACUCAUCGGAUGCGGCUCGUAACAGCUGUGCAAGUGACGAUCUAAAUAAUACAAGUUCAACAUUACGUCAAGAGGCUAUUUCAAUAACACGAGUUCGCUGUAAACGGCGUAAAACAUGGAUACGUGCAACAAGCUCACCAACACGAUCUUCUACUACUAAUAAUAAUAAUACAAAAUCUACAUCCUAUAUUCAACAGUCGAAUUUAAAAAAACCUCUUAUUCAACAACUUUUAUCAAAUAAUCAAGUUCAUGGAACGAAUGCUCGUCAAAACGCAAGCGUGAACUCAACGAUAACAACAAAAACAGCUACAUCUACGGUUCUCAAUCAGACACGUGUUAAAACAACUACGGCCGCAAUGUUGUUACACAACAAUUCACUGAUUUCGAAUAAUAACAAAAACAAGAAUAGUGAAGCACUUUCCUACGACUAUAUAUCAUUAAAUGAUGAUUAUCACUCGAUUACAAUCGAUGAAUCACAACAGCCGUCAAAAACAACUAGUACUCUAACUAAAGAUUCGUCAUCAUCGUCUAAGACGAACGAUUUUUAUCAAACAUCAUUGAGUCCGGUUAAACGCUUAUUAAAUGAAAGUAUAGAUUCAAAUAUUGAAAUCAUCCAAAUGGAUGAACAAGAAUGUAUACUAGAAAUUGUGGACGGUGUUUUAACGAUUGUACCAAAAGAAAAAUCAAUAUCAUCAUCAAUAGAAAGUAAUGAAGAAAAAAAUCGACAACAACCACAGAUUAUUAAUUAUAAUUCAACUCAACAUCAGAAACAACGUUCAUCAUCAGUAGCUUCAUCGAUUUCAACACCCUCGUUAUCCGAACAUGAACAAGAACGUGAUGAUCUAUCAUCGUCUUCAUCAUCCCGUUUACCACCAAAACCAUUUAUACUAUCACAUGAUAUUCCAACAAUAAAACCUUUGUCUCCUAUUCCAACUGAACAAUCAGCGGAUGUUCUUGACUUAUAUUCAACUCCAUUUAUUUCAAAUAACAACAAAAUCCAAAAAUCUUUACUUGAUGAUUCUCUAUCAUCAGUUUCAUCAGGCAGUGAUCGUCCAGUACAAAUGAAAAAACAGCAAUCAAAUAUUCUACGUUCAUCAUCGCCAAUUAAUAAUAAAUCGAAAUCUUCAUCAAUCAAAGACACCUCGCCAUCAACCGUCGAAAAUCAGACGCAUUCAAAUAAAUGUACUGUUCUUAGCCAACUACUGGAAACAGUUAAGCGAGUUUCGCCAACCAUUGAAGCGGACAGUGAAAAACCGAAAUUAGAUUAUUCAUUGCCUAAAACUGAAUCAAUACCAGUUUCGAAGUCAGAUUAUUCAUUACCUAGAUCUGAUUCAAUACCUGUUUCGAAAUCAGAUUAUUCAUUACCUAAACCUGAAUCAAUACCAGUUCCCAAGCCAAUUAAUAAAGCUCGUAUAAACGAAUUUGCAUCUCUCUUAUCAUCAUCGGUUCACUUAUCUCAACCGCAGCCAAUUAAAAAAUCAACCACAGCAAUAAAAACAAUCUCAUCACCAACACAUUCAGAAGAGCAAACAUUUACAUCGGUACAAUCAUUAAAUAGCGAUCGGGAAGAACGUGAAUCAUAUCAUACAGUAGUAUCAAAUAAUUCCGAACAAGAACAAAUUAAAAAACAUAUUGAUGCACGUUAUAAUGAUAAAUUAGAUGAUCGUGGCUCUAUUAAAAUAAAAACAGCAAAUAUAAAAGCUUUAUUUGAACAAAAAAUUUCCGAUACAAACAAAGCAUUAUCGCAAUCAACUGAACAUUUAUUACAUUUAACUGAAAUUAAGCAAACACAUAAAAAAAUACCGAUAAGUUAUGAAUGUUUAAAAAGAAAUUUACCAAAUUAUCAGCCAGUAGUAGCGAAUAACAAUAAACGAAAUUCAUUUCAAGACUCUUUCACUAUGAAUAAAUUUAAUGAUCAUAUUGUUGGAACAAAAGAUGUUGUCAUUGAAGAUAAACAGCAUGAAAAUGGUCAUGGGGUUCAACUUCGUCGAAAUACAUUUGAUCAAAUAGUUCAUUCAACAACUAACUCGUCAUCGAAUUCUCCUGUACUAUCAACAAACGGUCAUAGUUCAGAGUCAUUACUUGCUCGAGAAAUACGUGAAACCAAAGAAAAAGAAGAAGAACUAAAACGGCAACGAAAAAAAUGUGGUCUUGCUGACGAUGGAACUAGUUCAACAUUAAAUUCUACUAAUGACUCAAUGAAAUCGGAAUCUACAUUAUCAACCAAUCCACCCGUUAAAAGUAGUUCAUUUUUAUCCAAUCUAGAUUUUUUUUCAUCAAAAGCCAAUGGCUCUUUAAAUGAAUCAACAUCAACAAUAACUUCUCCACGCCGUUCAAUAGUUUCAACACAAAAUCUCAUCUAUGAUUCACACAGUUCAUCAUCGUCAACAUCAUUAUCAAAUCAUGGCCGUCAAACAUCGAACGAUGAAUUAAAACAAGUAACAAAUGUUGUUUCUCAAGAAUUGAAUCGUUUCAAUGAAAAUGGUAUAUCAAUACUUCGUACAUGUUCAAUCAAUGGAACACUCUAUCGUUCAUCAUCAAAUCAAAAUAUUGUUUCAACACAAAAUGUCAAUAACAUCGUUCAGCGUGAAAUCGAAGCUAUACGUGCUAAAGAAGCAGAAUUGCGACAGUUAGGUCGUAUUCAGCAUACAAGCGAUGAACAUGCCGAUCCUAGAAAAUAUCAAGAACUGAUUUCAACAUUACCAAAAAGUCAAUCAAUAAGUACACUCUCAUCAGUAAAACUACGACGCGAUAGUGAUAAUCAACAUCUAUCACGUCAUCAUGUACCAUUAACUGCAACAACAAAUGGAUUUUUAAAACCUAAAACAAAUAAUAAUAUAUCUGUUUCAUCAAUACGUGGAAAAUUUCCAAGUCCAAAUCCUGCCGCACCCGUUGUUAGUUCAUCGAAUGGUUCCAAUGAUCUUUCGAAGUUAUCAUCCAUUGAUCGACUUGAAUUAGAAAAACGACAGUGCCAAGAACGAGAACAAGAAUUAAAAAAACAACGCAAUUCAAUAACCGCUAGUAUAUCAUCAACAAAUACAACUAUCAAUGGUGAUUCAGGUAAUGUCUCACAAGAAGAACAUGACGACGAUCAAGAACGAUAUUUUGAUAAAAUCGAACGAAUAAAACGAAAGGAAAAUGAAAAAGCUCAUGCACCAAUAAUUCGUCCGACAAAGAAAUUAGAUAUGUCGCAAAAAUGGGAACAGAUGAUGUCAAACAAAACUGAUGAUUAA